UCACCAUAUACAUCAACCACCACAAGUGACAAAUCUUCCCCUGCGAAGCAAAGAAUAUACAAAAAUAUACCAGUCGGCUGCCGGAGUUAAAAGUAUUCUGGCAAAGUUAUCAAUUUUCAGGCGUAAUGGAGCUGUUGAGCCCAACUCACCCUCCUGACCCAACUGAAAAUCUAUUUUCUGGGUUUUCACCGCCGGUGGAUUUCCGACAUGGGUUUGACCGGGCGAGUCGGACGGUCACUUCUCAGUUGCCGGAAAUUGUGGAAGAAGGUGGCGAGAAGGUACACGUGGCUGUCGGAAAGUCGGUGGACAAGGCCGUUGCUUUGCUUAAUUGGACUUUUGGGAGGUUUGGGAACGGAGUAAUUUGUCUUCUUCAUGUUCAUCAGCCUUCUCAUCUAAUUCCUACUCUCUUGGGAAAACUACCAGUAAGUCAAGCAAAUCCUGAAGUGGUGUCUGCAUAUAGAAGGGAGGAGAGAGAACAGACGAGGAAACUUCUACUAAAUUACUUGAGCAUAUGCUCCAGAUCAAAGGUUAAAGCAAGCAUCAUUACGACCGAAGCUGACAAAGUUAAAGAAGGAAUUGUUGAUCUAGUAAACAAGCAUGGCAUUAGAAAACUAGUUAUGGGAGCUAUUCCAGAGAAUUGCAUGAAGGGGAAAAAAAGCUCUGGAAAAGCGACUCAUGCUACCAAAAAUGCUCCAUCAUUCUGUGAGAUAUGGUUUGUCAAGAAAGGGAAACUUGUGUGGACUAGAGAAGCUACUGAAGGGCCAAGCUCUUCGCCACCGAUUACUCAAUUAGAAUCUGGUACAGCAUUCACUUUAAGGUCUCGAUCUUUGCAGGGUCAUAAGAGUGAGGUUGUAUUUCAUCCAGAAUGCCUUCAUUCUAUCUCUGCUAGAGGUAUAUUCUGUGCUGGAAUAAAAAAUUGGGUUCAGGGUGCGGCCGCUCAGACAGAAAUGGCUUUAUCGCCUACUGUGCCAAGUCUUACAAAUAGAUGCAGUCCACAUUAUUUUGACAGUUUAUCUGGUCCGAAAAGCCCUGGCUCUGGUUCUGGAUAUACCUCAUUUGCUGAACAAAGGUUGUCUUCAGAUUCUGACACCAUGAUCGAGGAAGAGAGUUUAUGUAAUCAGCUUGCAGAAGCAACAUUAGAAACCGAAGCAUCAAGGAAUGAGGCAUUUGCAGGACUCUUGAAGUGCAGAAAAUUGGAAGCUGAAGCUGUAGAAGCUAUUAACAAGGUCAAAGCUUUUGAAUCUGCUAAUGCACAUGAAGUUGAACUUAGAAAAGAGGCUGAAAAUGCACUGAGAACUACAAUACAGGAACAAGAAAAGCUUUUGGAAGAAAGAGAAGCAGUAACUCAAGAGCUACAUAAGGCCAUGCGAAAUAUUGCUCUGCUAGACAGUCGUGCACAGGAAGCAAACCGCCGCCGUGAAGAGGCUGCUGGUGAACUAAAAGUCAUUCAAGCAUCCAUUGCAACUCUGCGGCAUGAAAAGCAGAAAAUUCAGAGGCAGAAAAUACAAGCUACCCGUUGGCUUGAUCGGUGGAAAAAUCAUGGACAAGAUGGAGGUGAAAGUUUCAAUGAGUUCAUCGGAUAUAUCGGAGAUUUCUCUGAGUUAACAGAAUUCUCAUUGUCAGAUCUGCAAACAGCAACAUGCAAUUUUUCAGAGAGCUUUAAGAUUGGGCAGGGAGGAUAUGGCUCCGUCUAUAAGGGGGAAAUGUUAAACAGAACCGUUGCUAUAAAGAAGCCACAUCCACAUAACAUGCAAGGGGAGUUUCAGCAAGAGGUUCAAAUUCUUGGAAAAUUACAACAUCCUCAUUUGGUGGGCUUGAUUGGCAUAUGUGUAGAAGCCUGGUCCCUAGUUUAUGAGUACUUGCCAAACGGUAGCCUCCAAGAUCGCCUUUUUCGGAAGAGCAACAUUUAUUCCCUGAAAUGGAAUACCCGAGCACGAAUGAUUGCUGAAAUUGCAAGUGCCCUUUUGUUCUUGCACACUUCCAAACCUGAAAAGAUCAUACAUGGCAAUUUGAAGCCUGAAAACAUCCUUCUUGACUCUGAACUCAGCUGCAAAAUAUGUGAUUUUGGAAUUUGCAGGUUGGUCCCGCAGCAGGCCCUCCGCUGCCCAAGUUUCCGUCAGUAUACUGAGCCAAAGGGUGCUUUCUCAUAUACAGAUCCUGAGUUUCACAGAACCGGAGUCCUGACAGCUAAGUCUGAUACAUACUCUUUUGGGUUAAUCAUUCUUCAGCUACUCACCGCAAGGGCUUCUGCCGGAUUGGCUGCUGAAGUGCGUAAAGCAAUGUUAUGUGGGAAAUUAACAUCCAUCCUGGAUUCAUCUGCUGGAGAAUGGCCUACAUUUGUGUCUAGGAGAUUGGUGGACCUGGGGUUGCAAUGCUGUGAAUUGAAUAGUAGAGAAAGGCCUGAGCUAACACCAACUCUUUUGAGGGAACUGGAGCAGUUGCAUGUCUUGGAAGAGCGAUUAGUACCAGCCUUCUUCUUGUGCCCCAUCCUUCAAGAGAUAAUGCAUGACCCUCAGGUGGCAGCUGAUGGGUUCACAUACGAAGGAGAAGCCUUACGUGACUGGUUGGAAAAUGGCCGUGAAACUUCUCCAAUGACCAAUUUGAAAUUGAGUCAUUUGCAACUCACUCCCAACCAUGCUUUGCGACUUGCAAUUCAAGACUGGCUUUGCCAAUCUUGAAAUCCCCAGCAUGGUGCAUGAAAUCCCUGGUACUCAUUCAUGUAUAAAGGUUUACUUAGAGGUGUCCCUACUUUACUAGUGUAUGUCAUUCAAGAAAAGCAGCAGUUGGCGCGUUGUUGACCGUGCCAUAAUCACUAAUUGGCCAGAUUACAUGUUACGCAUACUUAUGACAGCAAUCAGAGAAGGAAAGGCAAUGCUUGUCAUCUGUUACUAUGGCAAUCUGUUGCAGAUUCAUCCUGUAGUUAGUCAAAUAUUAAGAGGUGGAGCAUGAUGGAUAAAAGAGAAAGAACUGUUCUUGCCAGUUAUUCUCUCUGGAUUUUAGGUUUGAUGGUUUUUGUACACAUUCCUUAGUUUAGUUUGGACUUUGUACCAGUGUUGCAGUAUUCCACAGUGUUCUAAGUUUAAUCGUAAAUUCCAUUACACGAAU